ACCAAGGAGACUCUCAAACAAAUGAAAAAUGAUACUUCCUCUUGCUGACCUGAUUUUGGUGUGAGUUUUGUGGGUUCUUUUUUUCCUCAAGAAAGGGAUGUUGAAGAAAAAAUAAUCAAAAGGGAUUCAGGCAAAGGAAAAGGGCGACAACUAAUAGUUUUCCGCCUAAUUUUCUUAUGACAAACCUUCUCGGGAACUUAUUAUUGCACAGAAUAGUAUUUUUAAAAGUUACAACUUUACGGGCAACAUAAAUUCCGUUGCUUUGCAUCAUAAUCCAUUUUAUCUGAAGUACAACCAAUUGAACAAUUCACAAAAGAAAAUUGAACGAUGAUUUUCACGCGUGCUGUCAUCGUUGGAUACUUUCUUCUCAGCGUUGUAUUCGCACAAGCCACUUCAACAGGCAGUGAUGGCUUCACACAUAGCAUUGUGCUGAAAGAAGACGCAUAUCACCUUCUCUGGAAGUUUGACGAUUUAAGUAUUACGUUUGAGGCGCAGGUUAAGACCACCGGGUAUGUUGGUCUGGGGUUUUCACCAAGUGGAGGAAUGUCCAGUGCUGAUAUUGUACUGGGCUGGGUGAAGGACGGUCAAGCGUAUCUGAAGGAUAGUUAUGCAAUCUCUAAAGACGCACCAAAAACAGACGACAAUCAAGAUGUCGAGCUGCUUUCCGGCAGCGAAAACGGAACUUUUACGACAUUACGGUUCAGGAGAAAACUGGACACGUGCGAUCCACGUGAUUUUGUGAUAACGACGAGCACCGUGAGACUCAUAUGGUCUUAUCAUCUUCACGACCCUGACACAGACAUGGAUCUGCGUUACCAUGGUUACCAAAACCGCGGGACGAAAAGCGUUCAUCUGUUGGCACCUGCCCAGCCUUCAGGAAACAUGGCGGACCCACCCGACGCCUACCAUGUGGAAAUGAGAAAUACUAAGGUCCACCUACCGGCAACUAAAGACACUAUCUACUGGUGCAAUGGGUUUAAACCACCCGCCACAAAUGGCGUGCAUCACGUGAUCAAGUUUAAUGCUAUUAUACAACCUGGCAAUGAGGAAUUUGUCCACCACUUAAUACUGUACGCCUGUUUCCACGAUUUCAACACUACUGCGCAUGACCGGAAGGAAUGGGAAUGCUACACGCCAAAUAUGCCACCGACAAUGGUCCACUGUUACAAACCUUUUAUUGGCUGGGCUAUUGGAUCAGGGGAAUUCCGAUAUCCACCCCACGUCGGCCAGCCAUUUGGUGGGGAAGGGGAUCCCACGUUUCUGAUCUUGGAGACUCACUACGAUAAUCCCGCCAAAAGAAGAGGUGUCAUUGACUCUUCGGGCUUAAGACUUACCUUCAUACCUCGACGACGCCAAUUCGACGCAGGUAUUAUUCAAACUGGCGUGCUGGUGAACCUGACCAACCACAACAUUCCACCAUAUUAUUCCAAGUUCUACAACUGGGGCCAGUGUGAUUCUGGAUGUCUGUCAGAGGCCAUGAAAAACAGGACCAAUGAGAUACACGUGUUUGCAACCCUUCUUCACACUCAUCUCAUUGGUUCAGCCGUCUACGUACGUCACUUCCGGGGACAGGUAGAACUUCCUUGGCUUUCUCACGACGGGCAUUACGACUUCAAUUACCAAGAAUAUCGACAUUUGCCAAAGGAAGUAACAGUGAAGCCGGGAGAUACGAUAGUUACGUAUUGUCAGUAUAAUAGUGCUAGAAAGAAGAACUUUACUUGGGGUGGCUUUGGGACGAGGGAAGAGAUGUGUCAAGGUUACAUUGCGUAUUACCCAAAGCUUCCGCUGAGCACGUGCAACUCUGCACCACUCCAGAGCCAUCUGGCGGAAGUUUUGCCCGACAUAAAAAUUGCAUCCCAUAAACACGGUUUAUUUAUUAAAGUUGAAGGUCCAGAGAAGUACGUGAACAAAACGUUUAAGGAGGUGCUUCAAACGGAAGUCGACUGGCAAGACAAACGAGUGCGCAUGACAUACCAAAAUUUAACCGUGAACGGAUCACAUUUUUUCGCUUGCACGGGGGCAAAUUUGAAGAAGCUUUACAUCGGGCAGACAUUAUCUUCAGUAAAACCGUAUUUUCCGCCGAAAUCAACAGAUUGUCGCUCCGACACGUAUCGAGAUCACAGGAUUAACCAAGCGGUUAGCUCCGAGUGUGUCAAGAAUUACAUUGCGGUUUUUGUGGCACUUGCAUUGGCGAUGAGGUUUCCAUAGCUCCGAAAAUCAUGAUGACAAAUAAUAAUUGUUCAGAGUUAUG